AUGGCUUUCGCACUCUCCGAACUUCUCAACCCCGAACCUGCUACCGAUCCGAUUUCUGCAGGUGGUGCCCACGUCAACGCUGAGUCGCAUGGGAUGGACACCGCGGAGCCGCCUUCAGCGUACUUUGCCCCCGAACUUUUCCAGCCCAGCGAUGAUGCGCCGCACCAUCAAGAUACCCUCCCCUCCGGUGCGCAAAAUAAUGACCUUCCAAUGGACGAUGUCUCCCUCUUUAAGGAGAGCGAGCAUAUGGUCGGUCUCGAUGGGUCGAACGAUGAAGAUCACAUUAAGCAGGAGGCGAUGGACAUAGGCUACCCUCCUUUGGAUGAAGAGUCAAACAUUGCGGUCGACUCUUCCCUCAUGGAUAUGGUAGAGGAAAAUCUCUACGCUGAAGAUGCUCCGGCGAAAGCGACACCAGAGAAGACCCCGAAACAGCGAAAACAUCCUGGCAAGUCGCGAAAGGCCGAUCCAGAAGCUCCGCCUCGCUCCUCGAUUCACUCGUCCAAGAAUGAAGGCCAGCACACGGAUCGCAGAUAUUUGUGUUACUUGUGCAACAAACUGUUCACUAGACGUCGCUCCGUUCGAGAUCACAUUUCGAAAAUUCAUAACACGAAAACGUGGGAACCGGUGCGCAGUUUGGAAAUCAUUGUCGAACCUUCGACCGGAGAGCCUCUGGAACCUCUCGAUGAUAUCAUUGCGAGAGGGCCCCCUCCUCCGCCCCCUAAACUGAGUAAAGCGGAAAAGGCGAAGAGGACAGCAAAACGAGAUGAAGAGGGAGAAGAUGAUGAUGAGGAGCUGCACCCAGGGGACAUUGGCGAAGAAGAGGAAGAAAAGAAACAAGAUGAUGAGGAGGAGAUUUUGUAUGUUGCGCAGCCCGUCGUUGAUUCGUCUUUGCUACCGACUGGUACCGCUUCAACUUUGAAGAGAGUGCCGUCUAUCGCAGGGUCACGGGCAUCAUCCGCAGAACCGUUUGUUACUCCAGCACCUCUCGCAGGCAAAAAGCGACCAGCCCCCGAUGACCCUGCGAAACUGCUUUCUGCCGCCGCGAGGAAGAAAGGCACAGCCAAGGUUAAGAGCACAUCGAACAAGAAAGCGAGGCUGAGCGAGUCCGGCCAAAGUCCACCUGCAGGAAGAUCGAACUUCCGCUCGCCUAGCGCUACUCCCAGCACGAACCAUCUGAAGUUGGGGCCCUCAAAACUGAAAACGCAAACUUCGGCUGCAAGUGUGAAGUCAUCACCCACACCUGGUUCAUCUCGCGCUGCAUCACGAGAGAUCGGUUCGCCAUCUCCUUCAUUUGCAGAUACGUCAUCGAGCUCUAAUGAUGAUGGGGAGGUCUUCUGUAUAUGCCGAAAAGGAGAUAAUCAUACAUGGAUGAUUGCUUGUGACGGCGGCUGCGAUGAGUGGUUCCAUGGAAACUGUGUCAACAUUAAGGAACGAGACGGCGAGCUGAUCGACAAGUAUAUUUGCCCAACUUGUACGAAACCGGGUCUGCAGACCACGUGGAAACGAAUGUGCCGGCGCAAAGAUUGCAGGAAGCCUGCUCGUGUUACCCAGGUCCCUCCUAGCAAAUACUGCUCUGAUGCCUGCGGGCGAAUGUUCUUUGUGGAACUGGUGCAGAGAGGGGACCCUCAGGCUCAGACCAGUAAGGAUGGUCAGUACAUCAUUGAAGGACCGCCUCUAAAGAAGCAUCGGAAGAAGCAGAAGAGAAGAGAGAAACCUGCGAAGCAGCUCCUCAACCUGGUCAACGGCGUGGAUCCCGACAGUCGACUCGCCACGCCAGCAUAUAGCGACGAAGAAAAGACCGAAUAUGAAACUGACAGCAGUCUCGACGAUGAUAUGCUUCCCAAUCGGGGAUCCGCAUUGCGAGCUGGCGAAAUCAAAGCCCUUAUCGAGAAAUGCAAGGACAUUGAGCAACUAAAAGCCUUGGGCAGGAAACCCGACACCCCGCCUCGGGAGAUUGACAUUAACAUGGCCGAUGCGGACUCGAAGCCAACAGCACCACCGGAUCUAGAAUAUGAUGACUUGGAAACGAGCAAAAUGGCCAAUAUCACAGACGAAAAGCAACGACUAAAGGUGCGAUAUGACAUGCUCCUCGCACGAGAAAAAUUCCUGGAGCUUGUCAAAGCUCGAUCGUCGACUAUAGUCGAGGAAUUCCGAAAGACACACCCGAAAAUGAAAGAUCUGUGUGGGUUUGAUCCCAGGAUGUCGUGGUCCGAUGAGGAGUUUGCGACAUGGUACGAUCACAAUGGCGGACGGGCAAUUAUCGAUGCUGGAGCUGAGGGGAGGAUUGGACCGCCCGAAGAAGUACCCAAUGAUGAGGGAAGUACGAAACUUCCCAAUGGCGACGCUGCGCACUCCCAAAGCCCAGUCGUGAACGAGGAAGAAGAGGAAAACGACAACAUGCCGAAGAAGGGCGGCGUCUGUAUCAAGAACCGAUGUCCGCGACAUCGAAAUUGGGCUAAGGGCCAGCUUGCAGAGGUGCGGUUCGAACAGGAUCUAGUCAGGAGGGCUAUCCAGAGGUGUGAGGCACAGGAAGGGGAGAUUAGAGGCAGGGCUGUUGUUCGGGCUUGGGAAAAGAGAGGUUGA